AUGGGUAGGCUGGGAUGCACCAUAGAUGGAACCCUGGAUGUUUCAAAGUUCAAUGAGCCGAUGCCGUGGAUCGGCAUCUACGUAGCAGCAGCAUCUGCAGCCUGCGCUAUGGCCAUGGCUGUGGAUGUUUUCCACGGCUUCCGUUACCGGAAAUUCUGGUUCCCUUGCAAAUUCUUUUCUCUUAAUGCCACAACCUUGACUCUUAUAGCUGUGGCAAUCAAACUGUCGGUGGAUCUCAAUACCUCGAUGCCACGCCGCCAUGAUCAGCUUGCAAAACUCAGCAGUGGCGUCUUCAUCUGCACGGUAAUGGGUAAUUUUUUGCCUUCACUAGGAACCAUGGAGAACAAAGAAAUCAUCAUGAAUUUCAUGGCUUUGGCAAUUCUUGUCAUCACUGCCAUAGUGAACAUCUGUAUUCAAUUGGCAACUGGUGUUAUUUUUGUUUUCUGGAGACAGCAUGCUAUCGUUAUGUUUGUGAUGCUUGUUCUUCUUGCAAUCUUUGCUUCUUCGGCUGUGGCAAUUCCAACCACUAAAAGUUAUUUUGAACUGAAAUAUAGUAAGAAAAUUAAAUUGGCUGUGAAAGAAUGCUCUGACAAAACUGAUGUCUCUGUUCCAAAGAAACUGAGAGACGAUCUGAUGAGAUACUGGAUGAUGGCACAUACUAGUAACCCUCAGUUUGUGAUGGGGCGUUCAGCAACAUGCACCGCUUCAGGGGCAUUCUGCCUUAUUAGUGCUGCGACUCUAGCACAAGCCAUGCUUCGAUCUUACUUGAUUCCCAGAUCCUUCAAAUUUUGCCAUGACGAGUCUGAUUAUAAGUGGUCAACUACUUUAGUCCUCGUAACUCAAACUAUAGCAGUGGCAGUAGGCACUAUUGCCCCAGCUUGUCGAUGGUUCACGGCCAUCAAUUUCAGGUGCCCAAUUAAAGCAAAUAAGGCCUGUAGAUGCGAGUUCAAAAUAGAGCACUACUGGAUCAAGAAGUUGAUUCAGUGGAAAGAAUGCCCAUUGGCUUUAAAAAUCUGUGGUCGGCAGGGUAGGAAACUUGCCCACAACAUGAAAAAUCAAUUUUUGGACUUCUGUAUUAGAAUGCAAACUGGGAUAGUGUUGGUGAGCAAAUUGGUCAGGCUCAUUUCCAUUUUUGUUGUGAGCCGGUAUCUGAUAUGCUGCCGCUGGUGCAAUGACUUAAAGCGGUUGCUCAAAGGCAACAACAGUGUUGCAAAUGACAAUUCAGGAUCAAACUCACAGCCCAAUCCAAUGCUUGAACUCCGCCAUUUUGUUAUGCAUCUUGAAGGAGAGGAAGAAUUGGUUGAUCUGAUGAUGGAGAACAACUGCGAUGCUCCUCAUCAUUGGAUCCAGAUGGGAAAAAAGAAGCAGCCAAAAUAUCUCAUACAACUUCUGGAGAAAUCCAUAUCCUCGCGAGAAUUUAAAGGAGUGAAUGAGUUUGAUAGUGACCACGUUCCUUCUUUCGAUUCCGAAGAACCUCCUAAUUGUUGGGCUCUUCCUGUGGUAACAUUAACAAGCAUUGCUGCUGCACUUCCCAACAUUGACCCUCGUUCAAUAAAACAGUUGAGAAACAGUGUAAGCGAAGGCCUUAUGUACAUCAAAGUUGUAGAAGAUAACCUGGAUGACAAGCGAGAUGUGGUAAACGUCAGGAAGGCAUCAGAAAUUGUAUGGCUUGGAGUUGAUCUCUAUCACAAGUGGCUAGAUGUGGAUCUCCAUAAAAUGGCCCUCCAAGGAAAAGGCCCAAAAGAGGUACUCGAAACACUUGCUGAUAUCGCAAAGAACAGAUUCAUGGAAUUCAGGAAGAAAGACAUUAGUGGUUGCCUAAGGGAGACUCCUUCCAAAUGGCCCAUAAAGGUAUUGGCUGCCAAUUGCAUGUACAGAACAUGUCAAACUCUUGUGCUGGAUUAUGAAAGCAGAGACUGCAAGAGCAGUGAGAUACUGUUUGAAAGGUUGUCUGCCAUGAUCUCUGACAUAAUGGGCGCUUGUCUUACCAACCUAAAACAGGUUAUAUCGACGCUUUGCCAUCACAGCACCAUUGAAGAGAGAGAAGAAAGUGUCCGCCGUGCAAUUAUUCUUCUUGGUAAAACACAGGAGAUUUUGAAAAUUCUUGAUAGGCAACCACUUCCAAGUUCAGAUCCAGAUCAACUAGCAUCUAUUGAUAACUGGCGUGCACUGAGCAGACAGAAGGUUCCUCCACAAUUUGUUUCUUCUUCCAUGGAUGGCAACACAGAUUCCACUGGAUCAUCUGACUUGUACCUAACCAUAGACUAA